CAUACUAGCAGCACACUGACAUUUUGAAUAUUAGAAAUAUGGUUUUCGAAUUGAAAGGGAAGGUGGCUCUGAUAACCGGUGGUUGUGCUGGUAUUGGCUUCGGAAUAGCAAAGGAACUGUUGCGGAAUGAAGUUAGGGCUGUCACCCUUGCUGACAUCAAUUCUGAAUCCGGAAAACGAGCACUCGAAGAAUUGGAGAGAGAAUUUGGUACCAAUCGAGCAAUUUUCGUACAAACCGAUGUAUCCGACGUCAAACAAUUUGAGGAUUCGUUCCAGAAAACAAUUGAACAUUUUCAACAUGUUGAUAUUUUGAUAAACAAUGCAGGCAUUGUGGAUGAGUUGGACUGGAAAAGAGUAUUUGCAGUUAAUGUGAAUGGGGCAAUUCACGGCAUCAAUUUGGGAUUAGAACAGUAUUUUCCGAAACAUAAACAAGGUUCGGAAGCUGUGAUCCUCAAUGUCUCUUCAAUAGUUGCCCUAGAAGCAGAACCUCCUUUAUCAUUUUAUUGCGCUACCAAACAUGCUGUCUUGGGACUUACUAAGACCUUUGGAACACCCCAUUAUUAUGAGAAGACCAAUAUUAGGGUGAACGCGAUUUGCCCUGGUUUAACUAUGACGCCGAUGGCACUAGACAAGGCCAACAGGAAGAUACCGGAAGAAACUGAAAGUAUACUUGAGGAUGUGAUGCGAAAAUUACCUUCUCAAACGACGCAGUUUCUUGCUGAAGAAGCUGUAAAAGUUAUAAAAUACGCGUCAAAUGGAACUAUUUGGGUGAUCGAAGCAGGACCAGCAUAUGAAUAUAGUGCGCCGGGUAGAGAAACAAUGAAGCAUAUGGUCAUUAAAUGCGACUGAUUGGGAUCGAUGACAUAUAACUACAGGAUGUUCCUUGAUGAUAUGCGAAUAUUUGACAAUGUGUUACUACAAAUGGAGAGAAGUUCAAAGAGAAAACUGAAAUUAAUAAUUGCAAAAUCAGUCGAGACAUUUCGGUGAUGAAUAAAUGUACAUGUUUCAUUACUGACAUUGAUUAUCAGCUUCAACAGAGCCGACAAUCAGCAACUUCCUUGUUAUAUUUGAAAGAUGGAGUACUCUCCUGAGCUUUCUCUUGCUAUGAGCCAUUUUCUAAACAAAAAAUAAAUACAUACCUCCAUAUAUUGUCUGAGAAGAUUGAAAACAUAACUGAAGGAUACUAUACUUUGCGAUGCAGCUAGUUGGUCUGGAAUAUGGUAUCUCAUCAAGUAAGAUUCUGUGAACGACCUCAUUCAACUUCAAUACCUCAUACUCUUGUAACACACCAUUUUUCGACCAUCGUUUUGGCAGAAGACUAUCAUUCCAUUCCCAUGUAGAAUUACACACCCUUGAUGAAUAUUCGCAUAUCAUGCAUGCUCUUAUUAUUUCAGAAAUUGUAGCAAUCAAAAACAUAAUAACAAUAAAUUUUUGUAAGCAAAAAAUAAUU